UCAUUAAAUUGAGUUUAUCUUUCAGGAAAAUUGACAGGACAGUUGAGGAUCGAAGGAUGGAAAAUACUAUCCCAGAUAUAUUAGGGGAUGGAUUUCAAGCGGAGUUGUAUUACAGACGAUGGUAUAUUCUAUCUUUGUUUUCUCUCUUCUCUUUGUUCCAAUGCGCUGUCUGGAACACAUGGGGUCCAAUUGCAGAAACUGCUAAAAAUGUUUAUGGAUGGGAUGACGGCGACCUAACCUUGUUACCACUCUGGGGAGUUGUAGUGUUCCCUGUAUUUUCUGGUCCAUUUGCCUGGCUUCUAGGUCGGAGCUUGCGCUGGGCGGUAGCAAUCGCUGCUCUCCUGGUUGUUAUUGGAACAUUUAUCAGAUGUAUUCCUAUACUACUCCCGGAGCAGGCUGUCAACUUUGAUAUUUAUUGUAAUACUGGAGCUAUCUUUAAUGCUAUGGCAGGACCUGUAGCAAUGGCUGGUCCUAUUCAGCUUUCUGCAAACUGGUUUCCUCCUGGUGAAAGAGUUGCAGCUACUGGAAUAGGUCAGAUGUUCAAUGCUCUUGGGAUUGGUGUCUCCUUUAUUUUUGGUACCUUCCUAGUCAGAGAGGCCUCUGAUGACUGUGAACUUGAUAAUGUUCUUUGUCUAAACAAUGAAUCUGAUCUAAAACUUGCAAGAGAUGACAUUAAUAUUCUUCUCUGGGUUCAUGGAGGAGCGUCUUUUAUUGUAUUUCUUCUGAUUCUUCUAUAUUUCCCGAGCCAGCCACCUAAACCUCCAAGUAUAUCUGCUACAGAACCAAGAACUCUGUUCCUUGAAGGAUUUAAAACCCUUAUUAAAUCAAGAACUGCCUGGCUUACCAUGAUAACAUACUCAAUGUCUCAAGGUCUAGUUCAGAUGUGGCAAAGUGUGAUGAUAAUUAAUAUUCUAAAUCUAGAAAUAGAAGGAGUAACUGAGAAGUGGGCUUCAAUGCUUGGACUUGUUAUAAGCUUUGUAGCUGUGGCUGCUAGCAUUGGAUUUGCUUUUUUCCUUAACUGGUUCAAAAAAAGAAUGAAGUUAGUGCUUAUUCUGCUCCUAGGAGUAUCUGGGAUUAUAUUCAUCUUUACCACUCUUCUCUUUCAGGGUGUUUUCCAGUUUCAAGACUCCAACGGGUUCAAGAUAGCUACAUAUUUUCUACUACUGUCAGGAAUAAGCCUUGCUUACGCAUCAGCACCACUUUUAUUUGAGUUUAGUGUGGAGCUGAACUAUCCUGUAGGCGAGGGCACUAUUGGAUCCUGGCUCACACUAUGGUUUAAUCUUUUCUGCAUUUGUUUCCUCUUGAUCUUUCAGAAACCAGAUUCUAGUACAGGUUGGUUGAACUAUGUACUGCCUGCUAGUGUACUGGGUCCUCUACCUCUACUGUUCCUAGUACAAGAGAACUAUAAUCGUCUCAAUAUUGACGAGGGAAAGAAACCAGAAUUAUAAAAACGAUUCAAUUUAUUUUAUUUAUUUAAAUAAAGAUUAAUUUAUUUUAA